AUGAAGUUGCAAUUACUAUUGUUAUUACAGUUUGUUAGCUUCUGCUACAGUUUGUACAUCCCAAUUGGAGGACAAUCUUUCAAUAGAGGUCUCAUCGAAAUUGAAAAAAGCAUAGGUGAUGCUACCGACGGCUCAUUCCUUCCUGGUUUUAUUCAGCAGUUCUUCAGUUGGUCAGUUUCGGAGAAGGUAGAAGAUAACAUCCGCCUUGUUGAUUUUGAGACAUGGAUUGAGAAGCAGAAGGAAAUUUCAUUCAGAGGUAUCCUUAAUAAUAUCGGGGGUGUCAGUGAUACUCUCGAACAAUCUGAAGUUUCCAAAGGCGCUGUAAUCGCUUCUCCAUCGAGAAUUCAGCCAAAUUACUUUUACCAGUGGGUGAGAGACGCUGCUUUAACCAUUAAGUCACUUGUUUAUCACAUUGAUGAUAACAAUUUUGAAAAUGUCGACGAUAUCCAAUCAGUUAUCGAAGCGUACAUAGAGAACAACUAUUAUUUGCAACGUUUAGAUAACAACUCUGGAAAGUUUGAUGACCCAGAUAAGUCUGGCCUUGGAGAACCAAAGUUCCAUGCAAACAAUACGGCUUUCGUCCAAAACUGGGGUAGACCUCAGAGAGAUGGGCCAGGUUUAAGAGCUAUCACUAUUUUGAGUUAUGUGAGCUUGUUGGACAAGUGGAACAAGAAAGUUUCCAACAAGUUUUUGAAGUCUCCAGAAUUUAUCUAUAACAAAAUCGUGAAGCCUGACUUAACUUACAUUGUCAGAAAUUGGUUCAAAGAGGGAUUUGAUUUAUGGGAAGAAAUAAAUUCGCAUCACUUUUACACGUCUGUCACACAACUAGCUGCAAUCAAGGAUGGUUUAUUAUUGGCCCAGAAGUUUGAAAAAGAUUCCGAUUUUUUGAGACAAUUGCAAAUCACUUAUACAAACUUGAAGCAAUUUAUAGAGAAUGAUUCUGGUUACAAGAACCCUGCUGUACCGUAUAUCGUUGAAACUCCACUGUUACUUAGAGCAGGUAAACGUACUGGCUUGGAUGCUGGAUCACUCUUGGGUUCUCUUCAUUCUCAUAACAUGGAAUUUGGAGACUAUAGUGACAUUCCGUUUGAUGUUAAUGAUACCCAUUUGAUCAACACUUUGAGUGCAAUGGUCGCAGAUAUGAAGUACAGAUAUCCUCUCAAUCAUAACAAGAUUGGGUUUGAAAAGGGCAUUGGAUGUGCCUUGGGAAGAUAUCCUGAAGAUAUUUAUGAUGGAUAUGGUACUUCUGAAGGUAACCCAUGGUUUAUUUCAACUGCUUCUGCUUCUGAACUAAUUUACAAGUUUAUAUACAACUUAGAGCAUAACCACAUGGAUAUUGUGAUUAACAGUCAGAACAAAGAUUUCUUCAAACAGUUUGUUGACUUUGAUAAUAUCCCAUCAAAUGACUUGACAACAGUACCUGCCAAUGAUUAUACUGAUUCAAUUGUGAUUAGAUAUGGAACCCAAACAUUCAGAACACUCUCAAUUAAUUUGGUGACAUAUUCUGAUUCCUUUUUGGAAGUGAUCAAAGAUCACGUUGAUAAUCAGGGCCGCAUGUCGGAGCAAUUCAAUAAGUAUCAUGGUUUCAUGCAAGGUGCAAGGGAUUUGACUUGGAGUUAUAGUGCAGUUUGGAAUGCCUUCAGAUGGAGACAGAAGACUUUAGAUAUUUUAGACCAAUUCUAG